GCCCCGCUGCCGUCGGGCGGGCGCCCGCAGCCUCCUCGCGCCGCCGCCUCGGAAGCCGCCUCCCGCCCCGAAGUGGCUCCGCCGGGGUGGUGGCGGUGCGGCAGCGGCGCGGGCUGCAGCAGCAGCAGCAGCUCCUCCUCCUCCUGCUCCCCGUCGUCGUCGUCUGCCGGCCCGGUUGAUCCCGAGAGCGGCGCAGGGAAUCCGGCUGCUGCCCCACUAGACGCCGCCGGCGCGGCCGGAGCUCCUGCUGCUGCUGCUCCUGCCGCCGCCGCGGCUCCUCCUCUCGCUGCUGCCGCUGCUGUGCCGUCGCCGUCGCGGAGCCCUAAAGCCGCCCGCUGCAAGAGGAUGGUGCGCCUGGCGGCCGAGCUACUCCUGCUGCUGGGACUCCUCCUGCUCACCUUGCACAUCACGGUGCUGCGGGGCAGCGAGCCCGACGCCGCCACGGGAAACCACAGCCAGCGCCAACCGGAUGCCCUCCACACAGAUGGUCUUCCAUCACCUGAAGCCAGCUUUACCCUCAACCCUGAGGACAGACGGGAUUAUCCUGACCACCAUGUAGCACACAAAUCGUUCACCAAGCAGCGAUUCAGGCAAGAGAAUGGGCAUACAGCUUUGCAAAGAGAUGGGCCCAGACCAUUCCUUCUGGAUCUCCCAAACUUUCCCGACCUCUCAAAAGCAGACAUCAAUGGGCAAAACCCAAACAUCCAGGUGACUAUAGAAGUUGUUGAUGGGCCAGACUCUGAACCAGAGAAGGAUCUCCGAAAGGAAGGCAGCAAACCCAGCUGGCCUGUCCCAUCACCAGACUGGAGGAACUGGUGGCAGAGAUCAGCACCCACGGUCACCCGCAUGAGUAGCGGGGACCAGGAUUACAAGUAUGACAGCACAACCGAAGACAGCAACUUCCUGAACCCCGUUGGUGGCGGGUGGGAAAGUCACGCACCUAGUCACCGGACAUUUGACUCAAAGGCACAGCCAGAGUAUGAUUACAUAGACGGGGAAGGAGACUGGAGCCCCUGGUCUAUUUGUAGUAUAACCUGUGGCAACGGCAAUCAGAAGCGCACCAGAACCUGUGGCUAUGCCUGCACAGCCACCGAAUCAAGAACAUGUGACAGGCCCAACUGUCCAGGGAUUGAAGACACCUUCAGGACAGCAGCAACAGAAGUGAGUUUGCUCGCAGGAAGCGAAGAAUUCAAUGCCACAAAGCUCUUUGAAGUCGAUACUGACAGCUGUGAAAGGUGGAUGAGCUGCAAGAGUGAAUUCUUAAAGAAGUACAUGCACAAAGUGGUCAACGACCUCCCUGCUUGCCCUUGCACGUAUCCCACGGAGGUUGCCUACAGCACGGCUGAUAUCUAUGACCGGCUUAAGCGGAAAAACUUUCGCUGGAAGGAUGCGAGUGGGCCAAAGGAAAAACUGGAGAUCUAUAAGCCGACCGCUCGCUAUUGCAUCCGGUCCAUGCUUUCUUUGGAAAGUACCACCCUGGCAGCACAGCACUGUUGCUACGACGACAUCAUGCAGCUGAUCACGAGGGGCAAAGGAGCAGGCACCCCAAACCUGAUCAGCAUAGAAUUCUCCGCCGAACUACAUUACAAAGUGGACAUUUUGCCUUGGAUCAUUUGCAAAGGGGACUGGAGCCGCUAUAAUGAAGUCAGGCCUCCUAAUAAUGGUCAGAAAUGUACAGAGAAUCCUUCAGAGGAGGACUAUUACAGACAAUUUCAGGAAGCAAGAGAGUACUAAGAAGGCGGAAGAAAGAAGCCAACUUCUUUCACAGUCUGUGCAACACAGGCGGUUGG